GAAGGACUGAUGGCCGUUGUCUGUGUGUUGUGUGUUCCCACAGCAUCCGCACAGGCCGAUGCCCGUGUACACCACCAAGAGGGUGUCCGUGCUGGCGCCGCACGUCCCGGCUGAGCCUCCUAGCGGGACGCCUGACACGACACAGCUGUCCCCGUCGGCUGCUCCUCUCGGGAGACCUGCGGCGAGCACCCUCCCGCCUGCUGGCCGACAGGAUGCCCAGCAAGUGGGGACCCCAGCCCCGCCUGCCCCGCCUGCCCCGGCACACCAACGCUCUGCCCGGGAUCCAGGCCUCGGUGUCCAGCUGAGACAACACCGGCCCCGAUGUGCCUCCCUGGAAGCUUCCAGGGCUGUCUCCAAGGCGCGUGGCAUUGGCCACGCCCAGGCACCAGCCAAGCGUCCUGAGGUGAGCCCUGAUCCUCCUCCAGCCCGUUUGGCUCCGAGUCCCCAGCCCCACAUCCAGACACCAGGCAAGAGAUGGGCCCCGCUCCCCGACGACACGUGCCAGAACCCCCGAAAGAAACCACGUUGCAGCCCCUUCCAGCCACCCCACAAGAGCACAGGGAGCACCCACGUGGGGCUGCGCCAGAGUCUGUGUCGUCCAGCAAGGAGAAGUGCAUGUGGUCCCACGGGGGCAGCCCAGCUGACCAGGAAGACACCUGCCUCGGUGCAAAGCAGGGGCCUCCAGCCUCCACGCCCCCAACCUCACCUGGACACUCUCCAGGCGUGCACCUUGCCCCCGUGUCCGCCCUGUCCGCAGGCACCCGGCCAGCCCCUGCGAAUGGUCUUCAGCCGCCUGGACAAAGGCGGCUGGAGCUCCAGGUUCAUAGCAGCUCCCUGUCUGCCACCUCCCGAGAGGCCAGUCCCCCCUGGCCAGGGCCCGCCCGUCACACACCAGUCUGAGGGAGGCUGUGUGCCUGUCUCCCGGAGCAUCCUCCACGAUGACCUGCAGCUUUCCUCGUCCUCGGAGGAGAGCGACCGCGAGUGAGACACCUCAUGUCCUCGGACACUCGUCCUCUGGCUCUUGUGACCCCGAGCAGAUUCUAUGAGAAAUCCAGCCAGGAGAGCAAGAGGUCGUCCACUCGAAUGUAAAGUUAAGGAUCUGUGAAAUGAAUGUGUAGUGGGUUUGCGAAUGUCUCAAUUUGGGGACACCGGAGGAAUGAUUCCAGUCUGGGCUGGGCAAGUGGAGGCAAUCUUUUGUUUUAGAACAGUUCACUGAUAUCGUUUUUCUGCAGAUCAUAUCGGGGAAUAUUUUACAUGCUGUCUGCAUUUUUGUUUUUCCCUGAUAGUGCAACGUUGUGUGUAGUGUUACCACAGCUAAUAAAAUUUGCUCAGACACGAC